AUGAAAUCUAUAAAUAUAGAUAGUUGUAUUGUUGGUGAUACAUUUGUAAUAAAUUACUUACUUUAUGAAUGUCAUCGUUGGGAAAUUUUUGUUAAAGGUUACAAAAUAAUUGGUUGUGUUCCAUCUAAUCAUCCUAAUGGAACUAUUGUUCAAAUUGGUCAAAAAUUUAGGGAUAUAUUUUUUGACUAUACAUGUAUAAGAAAAAAUAAUACUGUAAUAUUUCAAGCUACUGGUUGUGUUUUUAGAAAUACAUCAAUGGCUGUUGGGGCAAGAAGAUAUUAUGGUUUACUGAAAUAUGAAUGCCUUUCAAAUAAUUCUAUGUAUAUAAAAGAAACAAAAAUUUUACACAAUAUAUGUGACAAAAAAACUCCGAUUGAUGAAUGUCCUGGUAUUGGAGAAGGUUUAAUUCAUUCAAAGUAUGGACGUGGAACUGAAAUUGCCUACAAUGUUUUUAAUAAAAAAGUUAUUUAUUAA